AAUACUCGUGGAGCCGACAACAUGUGGAGGUGUGUGGUACUGCUGUCUAUCUGUUGUGUGGGGCUAGCUGCGGGGCAGCUGGGACUGGGACUAUUCGGUGACGAUCUAUAUUCACAUCACGCAGCUUGUGGUCCAAACGAAUACUUUGAACAAUGUACACAUGAUUGUCCACCAGAGAAGACAUGUGAAACUCGUAAAUUUAAUAUAAAUUGUCCAGCAGUAGUUACACCCUGUAUCGCAAGAUGUAUAUGUAAAGCGGGCUACUACAGGAAGAGUCCAGGCGGCGAAUGUAUAUCAGAAGAAGAAUGUGGACCAGCUUGUGGUGAAGGCGAGGAGUACAAGGACUGCACAAAUCCUUGUAUCGAUGAGAGCUGUGACGCAAUGGGGAGUCUGAUACCGAACUGCACCGCCCCUGAGCCCUGCGUUCCAGGAUGUGCUUGCAAAGAAGGAUUCUACAAGCUGUAUAACUUUAUAUGUGUACCCAAAUGUUAUUGUCGCCAGUUAAGAGAUACACCUGAAUGCCAAAAUUAG